AUGGCGGAUUCGAGUUCACAGGCAGACGAGCUUAAGGUCGUGGAGAGAAACCCGACACGCCAAUUCGCAAGGUACGAUGACAUUAUAACUGUACAACCGGUACUAAGGCUAAAGAAGCCAUCAGUAGGAAACCAAUUCAUCAGAGAACCGAGCAGCGAAUCGAAAGUAGUCUAUAAGGGAUUCGAUGGAGUUACUGGCAGAGAUAUUGCUUGGAGUAAGACAGUGUUAACUACUGAAAAUCAUGAGAUAUUAUACGAAGAAGCUAAGUUGUUACAUAAGUUGGACCAUGAAAAUAUAAUGAAGUGUUACGAUUGUUGGGUCGAUUUUAAGAAUGAAUUUGUAACGCUUAACAUGAUUACUGAAAUUUAUUGUGGGAAUUUGAGAGAUUAUUCUAAGAAACAUUGGAUUGGAAGAUUUGAAGAUACUACUCCAAUUAAAAAUUGGUGUAGACAUGUUCUUGGAGUGUUGAUUUAUCUUCACGGUCUUAGUCCUCCGAUUUAUCUUCGUAGUCUUUGCUUGGAAAACUUCUUUGUUAUUGGAAAUUCGGGUGUAGUUAAGCUUGGAGAUUUAUGUAGCGCGAUAGUUCUUGAUUCAGGGAGUAGUACUGAGAGCAGUAAUGCUGAUGCUGAUGCUGUUGCUGUUGCUGUUGCAAAUGCGCGGUCUGAGAUAUACGAGUUUGGGAUGUGUGUACUACAGAUGGUGUAUAAGGAAGCUGUAGAGAGGAGAUGGAGGGACUCGCGUGAUAAGCUACAGAGAGUGAUGGACCAAGAACUUAAGGAGAUCAUUCAGAAGUGUAUAGGAGGUGUAGAUGUCAGACCUACCGCGAUUGAACUGUUGAAUGAUCCGUUUCUUGAACUGAGUGUUGAGGAUCAGGACCCUAGCACGUAUUUAACAGGAUGCAGUCUUCCGAAUCUGAGGCUAACUAGUAUUGUGGAAUUCCCGCCUCCUGGUCUGAGUGAUCAGAGGCUAAGAUCAGUACUGCAGUCGUCUGGAAGGGAAGUAGAAAAGGUGAUUAAUGAUGACAAAGGAAAUAAGAAGUUUGGAUUGAAAGGAAGAGUGAAGGACCGCGAAUUGAUACAGAUGGACUUCGUAGAUUAUGGUAGUAAGAGGGUUAGGUUUCAUUUCUCACUUGAAACCAAUACAGUUCUGCAAGUCGUAGAGAAGUUUAAAGAAGAAUAUGGCCUGUCAGAUGAAGAUACUGCAUCAAUUUCUCAGAUUAUGGAACAACUGAUAACAGAACUUGUGCCUGAAUAUGCUAACAGUGACAGUAAGAAAGCUGCAGUCUCGGAGAAUGCUCCGAAUCUUGUGAAUAUAUCUACUAAGGAAACUUCUGGUGGUGGCCGCAGGACACGUAAGACAGCAAGGAUCCAACACAGGCAAGGCGCGAAGCAGAAGCAGAGACAGAAAUGGAUACGUCGGAGUAAUUAG